AUGGCCCAUGAGCACCAUCGAUCUUCGCUUGAGGAUGUUCUCGAUUUUAACCCCCCUCCGCAAUUAGCACCAGAUCAGCGUAUCCGCGCAAAACGCAGAUUCUUCAGCAUUAUCAACCAUUUUAACACGCCAGAUGACAGCAGCACCGUCAGCCGUGAUUACAACCGGCCCCUUCUUGUCCUCUACACCUAUGAAUAUGCGCUUUCGGAGCUAUCUCAAGACACGGUCUUAACUGCGUUCUUUGACUUCGUGACACUUCCGAUCGAUGGAGAGGAGGAGAUUGACUUCAGUGAUAAAGCUUUUGAGGAUGCUCUGCGUAAAGACUUGAUCUAUUUUGCAGACCUCCUUCUCGACAACUUCUUUCUGCCUCUAAAAGCAGCUGGCCAACAAACCCAACGACCCUCUCCAGCCCCUCUUUCGGCCAUCCAGAGAGCGAUAGGCGGAGACCAGGAAUAUGCGGGAACACCGGACCGGCUAUCAGUGCUUCGGGGAGUCUGCCUAAUCCGGGACCAUUAUCGUUGCGUCAUUUCACGUCAGUUUGACUCUAAGGAAGCGUUGAGACGUUUGAAACGGGAUCGCACUCAUGCUCGAGAUGAUGAAGGGAAUCCGCUUCAGGGACAGGAUUUUGCCACCCUUGAAGUAGCCCACAUCCUCCCACAUGCUCUAAUGAAGGGUGAUAAAGACUCACAAUUAGAUCGUUCCAAAAAAGCAGCUCUCGACAUUCUUAACAUGUUUGACAAUGGCGUUGUCCGACUCAUUGAGGGCAAUGAAAUCGACCGGCCCUUUAACGCCAUGACCCUUUCCCAUGACCUCCAUGUUUGGUUCGGCAGCUUCGAGGUUUACUUUGAGGAAGUCCUGGACGAGCGGCACACGUACCGAAUCAAGACUUUCGUUCCCGAAAUCCUUCCUGGACUUCCUGUAACUCGCACGCUCUUGCAUGCAGAUAACCGAACGAUUGAUCCCCCUUUACCUCGGCUUCUUGCGAUCCACCGUGCCAUUGCCAUGAUCCUUCACCUCUCUGCUGCGGGCGAGUACAUCGACAAGAUUCUUCGGGAUAUGGAGGAUCUGGGUGUCCACACAGAUGGCUCGACCGACGUUGGGCGUCUGGUAAUGCUUCGACUGGGUGAUUGGAUUACUGCCGGCUGUUAA